AACACAGGAGACACUUGUCCGCCUGGUCGUGCUUGUAGAAUUUGUCUUGGUAGCUUUUGAUUAUUUUGAAUUCUUUUUCCAAAGUCUCAGAUUUUCAUUGAAGUGAACGAAUUCAGAAUGGCACAGAAAAUUACGCUGAUCACGGGAUGUUCAUCGGGCAUUGGUCUCAAUCUGGCAGUCAAACUAGGAAAGGAUGCAGCGAAAAAGUAUUUGGUUUAUUCGACCAUGCGAAACCUUGACAAGAAAGGACCGCUCCAGGAAGCUGCGGAUAGCGCCCUCAACGACACUAUGUUUAUUCGUCCUCUCGACGUCGUCAGUGAUGACUCUGUGAAAAAUGCUGUCAAAGAAAUCAUCGACGAACAUGGUCGAAUCGACAUAGUUGUUAACAAUGCUGGAAUCGCCACAUUCAACCCGAUAGAGUAUUCUUCAAUUGGUGACAUUCGAGAUGUAGUGGAGACAAACUUCUUUGGACCUAUUCGGAUUAUCCAAGCAGUGCUACCUCAUAUGAAAGACCAGCGAUCAGGUCAUAUCGUCAAUGUUAGCUCCAUUACCGGCCUCUUGGGAUUGCCAUUCUACGAGACGUACUCUGCUUCUAAGCACGCCAUGGAAGGACUCACAGAAGCAUUAGCCAUCAGAAUGAAAUCCUUCAAUGUAAAACUAUCUAGCAUAAUACCGGGCCUUGUUGACACAGAAAUGAAUAGUAAUAUCGUCGUUGGGAACCGACUACCAUCUAAAGUAGAAGUUGACCCACUCACAAGAGAACAACUUAAGAUUCUGAGGACCCAUGUAACCGAUUACUUUGAGAACACGGUCCAGACGUCUGACGAAGUCUGCGAGGUAAUUCAGAACGUGAUCGAGACGGGGCAACAGGACGCAGCAAUCAGGUUCAAAACCAGCGACGUCGUAGCAAACAGGACAUCCAUGAAAAUGUCUGACUUUGGAGGAAGCACUUGGCUAGAGUUCGCUCGGAAGAUGGUGGAGGAUCCGAUCAUGGCCUACUUAAGUGAUGACGAGUCACAAAUUUAAUGUUCCUGCUGAUAGCAAAGUUGUAGAUGAAAGUAUUGCAAAAUGGUGUAGUUGAUUAGCCCAAUGGAGUGUCAAAUUUCAUUUAGCUUCACUUCUGAUAAUCCGACGGUCCAUGCAGUUUAUCGAUAAAGUCGAUUGCUGCGGAACCGCGGGGGCUGAAGGGUUUUCAGCUGCCCCCAUUUUUUCAGUAAUGUGUACAAAAACGUAAUUAUAACCAUAUUAAAGGAGAAUGAAACCUUUGGAACAAGAUAGCUUGUGUGAAAAGAUAAAAAUCGGACAAAUAAUGAAGAAAAAAGUUAUGAGCAUUUGAAUAUUGCGAUCACUAAUGCUAUAGAGAUCCUCAUAUUGGCAAAGCGACAAAGAUGCGUGAUGCCACUUGUGAACAACUCUCCCCAUUACUUUAGUAUAUAUUUCACUUAAACUGCCUCUUUUAUCAAAUCUAUCAGUAGAUCAUGUGUUCUUUCUAUAUAGGAGGGCAUGUAAUACAGAUUUUUAAAGAAUACAUCAUGGAUAAAGAGUUUGCAUCACCAU